AUGGACAUAGACUACCACACGACGACGGCGGCCUGGGCCGUCGCCGGGCUCGCUCUGCUGGCGACCUGCUGGUACCUGGCCGCCGCGCGCCGCGGGUCCCGGCGGUACCCGCCCGUGGCGGGCACGGUGUUCCACAAGCUCUACCACUUCCGGCGCCUGCACGACUACCUCGCCGACCUGUCCCGCCGCCGCAGGACCUUCCGCCUGCUCGCGCCCGGCCGGCGGCGGCUGGUGUACACGUGCGACCCGGCGGUGGUGGAGCACAUCCUCCGGACCAACUUCGCCAGCUACGGCAAGGGCACGUUCAACCACGACAGCACGCGGGACCUGCUCGGGGACGGCAUCUUCGCCGUGGACGGCGCCAUGUGGAGGCAGCAGCGGGCGAUCGCCGCCCACGAGUUCUCCACGAGGGCCAUGCGCGAGUUCAGCGGCGCCGUCUUCAGGAAGAACGCCGCCAAGCUCGCGGCCGUCGUGUUCGGCAACGCCGCGUCGAAGCGACCCAUGGAAUUCCAGGGCCUGUUGCAGAAAGCGGCGAUGGAUUCCAUCUUCGCCGUCACCUUCGGCUCGGAGCUCAACACACUGGGCGCAUCAGGUCCGGACGGCGGCGACGACGAGGCGAGCCGAUUCGCGGCGGCGGUGGACGACGCGAGCGAGUUCACCCUGCUCCGCUACGUCAACCCGUUCUGGAAGGCGAUGAGGCUCCUCAACGUCGGCCCCGAGGCGGCGCUCCGGGAACGGGUCAAGGUCGUCGACGAGUUCGUGUACAGGCGCAUCCGCGCCCGGUCCGAGGAGCUCCAGGCGUCGCAGCAGCCGGACCUGACCACGACGAGGCGGGACAUGCUGUCCAGGUUCAUGGAAGCGGCCAGUACCGCUACCGACGAUGGCUCUGCGGGGACGACGGUGGACUACAAGUACCUGAGGGACAUCGUCCUGAACAUCCUGAUAGCCGGCAAGGACACGACCGUGGAGGCGCUCGCGUGGUUCUUCUACAUGGCGUGCAAGCACCCGCGGGUGCAGGAGAGGGUCUUCCAGGAGGCCGGAGAGGCCACCCUCGCCGGCGAGGCCGCCGUGCCCGUGGACGAGUUCGCGCGGCGCCUCACCGACGAGGCGCUGAGCCGGAUGCACUACCUGCACGCCGCCCUGACGGAGACGCUCAGGCUCUACCCCGCCCUUCCCUUGAACAACAAGGAAUGCUUCUCGGACGAUGUUCUGCCGGACGGGUUCAGCGUCGGCAAGGGGGACAUCGUCUUCUACGUGCCUUACGCCAUGGGCCGGAUGGAGUACCUGUGGGGGGAGGACGCCGAGGCCUUCCGCCCCGAGCGCUGGCUCGACGACAACGGCGAGUUCCAGCAGGAGAGCCCGUUCAAGUUCACAGCUUUUCAGGCCGGCCCGAGGAUAUGCUUGGGGAAGGAGUUCGCGUACAGGCAGAUGAAGGUGCUGGCGGCCGUGCUGCUCCGCUUCUUCGUGUUCAAGCUGCGGGACGAGGCGGCCAGCGUCAGCUACAGGGCCGCGAUCACGCUACUCAUUGAAGACGGCCUCCAUCUGACGGCGACGCCACGAUGAGCAACAGUUUAGCCAUGUGCGCGUCUUCGGCUUCGCAACUACUCCGUAGUGGAGUAGUGCUGACGAGAGCACCGGUAGUGGAAGCUUCAUCGUGUGUCGUUGUCGUGGUGACACUGAUGCCGCCGUGUCUGUUGCGAGGGGCGCGUGCAGUGACACAUGAUGGGGAUGCCUCACCGGAACAAUUUAGGUCUCAGGACUGUCCAGUAGCUAAUUAUGGAGUACUACAUGGAUACAAAUAGAUGUACUGUUUCUCAAAUCACUGUAGUCAGAGAUUUUAAACCCUAAGAAUAA